AUGACUCUUCCGUUAGCUACACAAGAUGAAUGCUCGAUGCAUCUAGAGAGCAACGGAAAGUCGUGCAAACGCUUACACUCGGAGUCAUAUUCCCUUGAUGAGCCGUCUCGGCAUUCGGCGAAGAAACGGAAACUCAAUCCUCCAGCCAGCUCUCAAUCCUCGUCCGCAUUCUGGGACAAUCUGUCCAGGGUUUGGCUGACACGCAACGCGUUGAGGGAACUUGACCGGAGGAAUUUCCAGAGAACUAUUAGCGAGGAAGAAGAUUUACUGGUUCGCCGACCAGCUAAUGAUUUCCUUCGUUACUGUUCACCACAGGAUCUCAGGAAGAUCAAAAGAUACGCGAGACGUGGUGGUCCUGACCUGUGCAAAAUACGAGGAUACCGAAAACCUAAAGAAUCUUCAGUUCCCGGCAUGAACUCGAGGACGUCGAGCUAUCGAAUUCAAAAACGCGUCAGCGAUUCACGAGCUUCAAGCAUUUCACAGGUUUCGAGCACGUCGCGGAGUACUUCACGGAGCACUAGACCCUCAAGAACAGAAACGACCAGAAGUAGUGGACCGUAUGACCGCGACUUUCAGCAACAUCUCAUUGAUUACGGCAUUUACCCUCACGCUUACGAUUACCCGGACGGACGGAGACCACCAAAACCCAGUAACUGGAGCGAGAUUAAGGAGAGAUUAGCGAGACCUCGAGCGUCCCUUUCACCUUCUAAGUUCACUGAAGAGGCGCAUGAAAGUUUCGUCCGAUCUGAUGCUAAUGCUUUCAAGGAGAAGCAAGUUACAGAGUCUGUAAUCUCCAUGAUCGAGGGUAACAGCGGAGAUGUUAGAUGCGUUUCCGGCGGUGUCACAUUUGGAAACUUCGCUCCUCUCACCGAUGGCACUUUGAAGCCAGGGAACCCUGACCGAUACUAUGGAGCACGACCCGAGCAACUCAGACGCGACAUUCGCUCUGAGCUUAGUGGUCGAAUCAAACCAUCAACACAGGAUGACCUUCCGAUUUUGCCAAAUUUCCUUCUCGCAGCAAAGGGACCUGAUGGUUCGUUGGCGGUUGCUGGAAGGCAAGCUAGUUACGAUGGGGCGCUUGGUGCGCGAGCCAUGCAUACACUCCAAACAUAUAAACAGGAAGAACCUAAAUUUGACAACAAUGCUUACACCCUCACGAACAUCUAUCAUGGUGGCACGCUGAAAAUGUUCACCAGCCAUCCUUCGAAGACAACUAAUUCAGAUCGGCCGGAGUACUACAUGACCCAAUUAAGAUCCUUCGCCUUGACAGACAGUAUUGACACCUUCCGCGAAGGCGCGACUUGGUUCCGGAAUGGUCGAGAUUGGGCAAAAGAACAACGAGAAAAUGCGAUCAGACGAGCCAACGACCACUUUACUUCCAAUGUAGUUCAAUCCACGCUCAAUACUAGUUUUAGUACGAUUUGCGAUACGUCAGGUGAUGAGUCAACCGAGUCAGUUAGUCGAGAAUCACAUUUCUCAUUCAUCCAGACGAGUAUGACGGAGAGUUUCCAUACCAAGGAAUUUACAGAAAAGUCCAGGAGAGAUGGAAAAACGGGUCCGUAGAGUCUGAUCAUCGCCUCGCUGGACUUUCAUUGGUAGAAAAAUUCUUGUUUGACCUUCUCUUACGAGCCCGGUAAUUCGGCCUUCACAUUUGCAUCAAGGCUGAAUGAAAUUGGUCUUUUCUUGCUUUGGAUACGGCCUUCCGGUUCAUCUUGUUCCGCCUGUUCGAAUAGAAAUUGACGAUGUCAGGCUUUUGAUAUUAUGGACUGGAAGCGGUAUUGAUGGAAUUAUGCUGCAGCAUACUGAAUGGUAGACAGUACAACCAAUGAUGGAGCGACCAAUUGCCAGGCCUAUGAUAUAGUAUACCGCAGUGAAUAAAGACGGGGGGCAUAGACACCGUCACGACGAGUAGGAGUAUCACCAGUA